ACGGCUAAGACCGAUAACGGUCCAUCUCGCCCAGACGACGUGCUUUGCUUUGCAACUUUAAAUCGUGUGCACACAGAUUGCAUACAUGUGUGCGUGCAUGAAAAUUAGCAACAAAAAAUAAGAACAACGCUCGCCAAAAAGGAAAAAGUCAAAAUUUCAAGACCUUUCGCAAAGACGUUUUGUUCGGUUUCGGUGGUGCAAAAAAUCAAAAACACUGCGUUUUUUGUUUGCGGGAUAAAGUACAGAAAACGACCGAGUGAUUCGAUCGAAAUCGCUUGCAGGAGGUGAAUCGUUGUAAAGAGUGUGUCGCGAGUAGAAGAAGCAGUUCCCGCAGCAGAGAAAAACAAAGCCCCCAAGCUUCUGUUUGUGCGAUUUCAUUCCGCUGGUGGUAAGGAUCUGCCCCCGUCAUCCAUAACAGAAGAAAAGGAAAAUCUCGAAGGAACGUCUCCGUAAAGCCGGGGCACUUGGUAGCAGCAGUUUGUUGUUUGGACGGUGACAGGCGAAAGGAAGCGGAGGCAAAAUGGCGAAUAUGGCAGUAUCCCGUAUUAAACGGGAGUUCAAGGAGGUUCUGAAAAGCGAAGAAAUUGUCCAAUGUUCGAUCAAGCUAGACAUAGUCAACGACAACUUUACAGAAUUACGCGGCGAAAUCGCCGGACCUCCGGACACUCCUUACGAGGGAGGCAAGUUCCUGCUUGAAAUCAAGGUGCCCGAAACGUACCCUUUCAAUCCACCGAAGGUUAAAUUCAUCACAAAAAUAUGGCAUCCAAACAUUUCCUCCGUGACUGGAGCCAUCUGUCUAGACAUUCUGAAAGACAACUGGGCCGCUGCUAUGACACUGCGAACGGUUCUACUGUCUCUGCAAGCGCUGCUGGCAGCGGCCGAGCCGGACGAUCCCCAGGACGCCAUAGUGGCCACCCAGUACAAAGACAACCAUGAGAUGUUCAUCCUGACGGCCAAGCACUGGACCAACGUGUACGCCGGGGGACCUUGCCGCAAUCCGGACUUCGACCAGAAGGUGCAACGAUUGCGCGACAUGGGAGUGGCCGAUUACGAAGCUCGGGCCGCCCUGUCGCGGCACAAUUGGCACCUGGAACGUGCAUCCGAGCAGUUGUUUAGUUAGUUUUAUCAAAAAAUUCUUUGGAAUGCUCUAAUUCUUAUUCCUGUCGUCGGUUCUAUCAUUGGAUUGUUUUUCGGUUUUCUGUGUAAAAUUCUUGUGAAAUUAUUGAGAUAUUCUGCUUACAUUGCAAAGCAAGGCAGUCAAAUGUUGUACUAUUGUCACCUGUUUCGAAAUGCGUAAAAUAUAAGAAAGAUAUUUGAUAUACUAAUAAUUUCACGAAGAACAUAAAAGACAAGCACGUAACAUUAAUACACUAAGGAGCUUGCUGCUGCAGAGGGAGGAAGGUGAUAUCUUUUAAAUAAAUAGAAAACCAUUAAUGAUUACGCUACCUA